AGACUUAAAACUCUAUGAGAUUUUUGUACCAAAAGUCAUUUGAUUUUUUGCAAUUUCUCUCUACUCUUGGCAGGCCUCUUGGGUUCUCUCUCUAGCUAUUAAUUCAAGUCAAGUUCUUGUUUAUUUUUGAUAUCUUCUUCACCCUCAACAGAAAUUAGCAUGAUCAAGAAAGUAGUGCUGAAAGUGGAUAUACAUGAUCAGAAGACAAAGCAGAAGGCUAUGAAAGCAGUUUCCAGUCUUCCAGGGAUAAACUCCAUAGCAGUGCAGCUGGAGGAGAGGAAGAUGACAGUAGUUGGGGAAGUAGACCCAGCAGAAGUUGUGGAGAAACUUAGAAAGCUUUGGUUUGCAGAGAUUCUAACAGUCGGACCACCAGAAGAAAAAAAGGAAGAGAAAAAGGAAGAAUGCGACAAAACAAAACCAAUUUGUUAUUGCAAUACCUAUCCCUGCUGCCAAUAUCCCAUCUGGGAAAAUCUUGGUGGAGUGCUGGUAAAAUGUGUGUGUUAAUUUGUGUACUUUUGAGGAUGUUUUUGAUGGACAUCAUGUGAAUAUAUCAUGCACGUGUGUUGUCGGUUGUGGAGAAAUUAUCAACAAAAAUUAUUAUAAUAUAUAUAUGUUAUUUUUCGACGUAA